UAUUUUCCGUGUCUUCCCCACCAAAUACCGUACCAACAGGCUUAUCCUCCUUCUAGAACCUUCGUCUCCGGCGAGACGUUCCUCCCGAAGCUUCCAACCCCUCCCCGCCCAUGGCACCCUUGCCUUCUAGAAAUCCAUCCCCCUCGCCAAAGCUCUCUGCCCUUACGGAGACGACGGCACCGCCUAGCGCCAUCCGCCGCCGCCGCCUCCUCCGGCUCCCAUUCAAAGGAUUACCCACUCCCUCCCGCGAAGCCAUCUUCGUCGAAGAAGGCGCCGGGUGAGAUCGGUAGGUGGAAGGCAGUGCCGCCCGGGAUGCGCGAGUCCGCUAUCCCCGAUCCCGAGGAACCGCCGCCGCCGCCGCCCCUGUGGUCGGCGAGGCGGAGGGCGCGCGCUGCGUGGCGAAAGGUGGCUUCUUGGGUGCCCAGAAAGGCCAGGAGCGUCGUCCUUCUCAACCUGCUCACCCUCAUUUUUGCAAGCAACAUUUCUGUUGUGAAAGAGGCAGAGAUUUUGUUGGAUCCUGAUCUUUUCAAUAUGUUGAGGUUCACUAUAUCAGCCAUCCCUUUUGCGCCAUUGUUGCUAAAAUCACUGAGAGACAUGCAAAUCUUUGUUGGAGGACUAGAGUUGGGUGUUUGGGUGAUCAUUGCCCCUUUUUUGGAUGGUCUUCUUGGAGCAGAAGUACCUGCCUACACAUGGUUUAGAGCAUUUUUAUCUCUUGUUGGUAUUGCUAUGCUGGAGUUAAGUAGUUCUCCUCCAUGUGUCGGUGGUCUUCUAAACCUCCUCAGCGCCUUUUCUUUUGCAAUUCAUAUGCUCAGAACUGAGCACAUUUCAAGAAAUAUGAAGAAAGAGAAUUUCUUAACUCUUGUUGGAUGUGAGGUAUUUGUUGUAGCUUUCAUAUCAACAGCCUCAUUCAUUUUUAAAUGCUUCACCCGGAAUGUGCAACACUGGAAUUUGAAAGCAUGGCCACCAACGGAGUUAUUUGGUAUUGUGGCGUCAGUUCCUUGGCUGGCAAUCCUAUACACAGGUAUAUUCUCAACUCCUUUUAAAGCAUGGCCACCAACGGAGUUAUUUGGUAUGGUGGCAUCAGUUCCUUGGCUGGCAAUCCUAUACACAGGUGUCUGCUAUGCGUGAUGUAUCAGCUACAGAAACUGCAAUAAUUUAUGGUCUGGAACCAGUAUGGGGUGCUGCUUUUGCAUGGGCAAUGGUUGGUGAGAGAUGGGGUGUAACGGGAUUUUUUGGAGCUAUCUUCAUCAUAGGUAAAUUUACUCAUCACAUUCUCAGUGACAUCUGACAUCUCAGACUACAAAAUAUUCACAAACAAUGAUUUUAAUGAUGAUUUAAAGUUCAAGAAAUCAAUGAUCCUUCAUCAGAGACAUUAUCAAAGUUUUGACAUUGUUUUUGCUCUCUUUCUGAGUUGGUAGCUUGAUGGCUCAGAUAAUAGGAUCAAUCUCAAAUGUAUCUAAGGGUGACAAUUAUCAGAUGAACAGCUAAAUACGUACAUUGCAGAAGCAUAAAACCGCCUGCUUAUGAAUAACUCGGCAAAUUAUAAUUGCCUAAUCGGCAAUGAAGCUAUUUUUCAUACGGUAGCUGUUGCGACCUAAUAAGGUAGCUGGCAUUACAGCAUAAAGAGAUCUAAUGAUAGUAAUGACCAGUAGCACAACGAAGCAAUGCUCAUUGGCUUGACAAAGUUGGAGGUGUCAUGAGAGUGCCAGGACAACUCACGUCCAGAAAUUCUAGUUCAAUUUACUACCAUGUGACGACCAACUGUACACAUCUAUGUUUAGUGGGUGGUGUGGAUCACUUCAUUCUACCAGGUUAAGAAGAGAUAUAUUUUACAUUUUCAAUUAACUGUUUCCCAUUGUAAAUUCAAGCAGAUGAUAGAAAAGCAGCAGUGAGUAAUAUAAUGUUGUUUCCCAUGGGCAUGUUUUCAUGCUGAUUCUGC